UUGGUAUAAAAAGACAUGAGAACCAGUGAGGGGUAUGUCAGUUAGCUCUUCACUUUUCAUUUGAUCAGUGUGAAAUACCCUCCUCUAAGCUUUACAAUGAGUUUGCUUAAAGUUGCUGUUUUCGCCGCACUAGCGCUGUGUGCUAGCGCCGAGCCUAAACCAAACCCGGGAGUCCUGGCCGCCCCAGUCGCCCCAAUUGCAUACUCAGCUCCUUUUGUACAGGCCCCAUACUACGCUAGAGCUUAUGCCGCUCCAGUAGCAUACACUGCUCCCGUUGCCGCUGCUUAUACUGCUCCAGUUGUUGCCAAGACCUUUGCUGCUCCAGUCGCCGCUGCUUACGCCGCUCCAGUUGUUGCUGCUCGUGCCGCCCCAAUUGUUGCUGCCGCUGCUCCAGUUGUUGCUGCUCGUGCCGCACCACUUGUCGCUGCCGCUACUGCUCCAGUUGUUGCCGCUGCUACUCCAGUUGUCGCUGCCCGUGCCGCCCCAGUUGUUGCUGCCCCAGUUCAAGCCGAGUUCACCGACUCUUACCCACAGUACCAGUACGCCUACAACGUUCAGGAUACUCUGACCGGUGACUCCAAGACUCAGGAAGAAACCCGUGAUGGAGAUGUUGUCAAGGGAUCUUACUCCCUGAUCGAACCCGAUGGCAGCCGUCGUAUCGUCAACUACUACGCUGACCCAAUCAACGGAUUCAACGCUGUUGUGCAGAAGGAUAUCCCAGUUGCCGUUGCCACCCCAGCCGUCGCUGUUGCCGCCAAGACUGUUGUAGCCCCAGCCGUUGCCGCCAAGGUCGUUGUUUAAGCAGAUAGCAAAUCUCCGUUCUAGCGAGGAUCAGGAUCUGUCUGAAUAUGCUGUGUAUAUAGGACCAACUCCCGAGUGUAAAUAGUCAUUAGGACUCCACUGUCAUCAUUUGUUGUGCGACUUUAAGCAAUCACUCAUCUGUACAUAAUUUCCACUGUUGAAAACAUUGUUGCUAAAAGACAUGCACAUUGUACAGUUUCGUUUUACAUAAUAAAAACAAAAUUGCAAUGAUUAUUUUAUAAAAAAAA